AUGGUGGCAUCGAGUGGCAAACGGUCAGCUCAGAAAGGACGCGCGCUUCCUGCGAUGAAGACGAUGAAGAGACCGGCGCGUGCUGCAGCUUUGCCUUUGCGCAAAAAGGUGACCUUUGUUUGUGCUGCUGGGGCAGGUGGAGGGCGCUCACGACAGAUGCUUCUCCGACAGUUCGGAGAAGUCCAUGAGAUGUCGUUUCGCGGCACGCCCAAUCUGACCACUGCAGAAAGGGAGACUCCCUUCCUGCAGCAGAUCGUAGCGGCUGCCCAAGCGGCGGCGAAGAAGUCGCCAUCCAGGCCGCUUUUUCUCGUUGGCCACUCCUUCGGGGCGCGGGCUGCCGUUCACCUGAUGUGCCGCAAGGACCUUCGCCGGCAGCUUCCGAGAAGCUGUCAGGGCAUCAUCGCGUUUGGAUAUCCGUUGAUUCACCCGACACAGAAGCGUGAGAAUAAGCUGAUGGAUUUGCCUGUGAGCACAAAGGCACUUUUCAUAUCCGGCACGAAAGAUCCUUUUUCCGGCGACUUCAAGCUUUUUGAGAAGACGCUGAAGAAGCUCCGAUGCAAGACUCGCCUGGUGAAAGUGCUUGGAGGCGAUCAUGGUCUGAAGUGUGCACGAGCACUCGAGGAAGGUGCGGUGUCUACAAUUAACGAUGCCGUCUCCCACUUUGUUUAG